UGAUAGCACUGGUAUGCUUGUUUGUAGCUGGUACAUAUUUGUGGAUGGCUCUUCCUAUUAUGUCUACGAAAUAUAGACUUUGGGACUCGGCGUCCCAAUGGGGUCCUUCGCCCAGUUUGCACGCUGGGACGGAUUCCAGUCUUUCCACUUUGGGAUUCAUCUAGGCGAAGAUAAAAAUGCAGCAGUGGUUAAAAAAUUCCUGAAAUAUAAAUUCAACUAAAUACUUACAUUUUCCCUCAAUUACAAACGUAUUGGAAGUGAACAGUACCUUUGGAAACGGAAAUUAAUAACGGGCUAUUCAAAUUUCAACGCCUUAUCGCUUAAGUACUUUUACAUACUGGGAUAACAACAGCACAUCUUGUUUAAUCUUAAUUUAAUCCACAAAUUACAAUACGAUUGGAAUACCAGGAUAUUUGGAAUUUACCCCCGUUAUCUUGUAAACCGAGCCGUUUGUCUUACGGGAGUUGGAAAUUUUAAUGGAAAUUAAAUAAUUCCACAGUACAAGAUUUAUUUUUAUCUCAAAUCUCAAACAGGUACUUGUAAUCAUUUAAAUGUUUAUUAAUUUAAUGUAAAUAUUUAUUUAUUUUAGAUAUGAAGCUCAGUUAGGUAACCGCUAGGUAUUUUACUGGGUGGUGGUUACUUUUAGCGAGAGAAAUUUAAUCUUGACCUUCUCCAUGUUUUUAUUUUAUUCUGAUAUUUAUUUUUAGCUAACUGAUUACGACACUGAUUUCUCUUAUGUAAUUAAAACAGUAGCGUAACUAACACUAAAUUUACUUGAAAUUAAAAAAAUGUAGCCACUUUUGCAUUCUUUAAUUCUAUCUUCAUUUACCUUUUACAGGAUUCACAGUAGUAAGAUAGUUUUUGUUAUACCAAAUCACAAUCUUUUAUACAUUAAUUAUAAAAUUAUUGAUCAAUACGCUCCUGUAACCCAGUAAACAUACAAAGCACCGCGCUCUGUUGCGACAAUCAUUAUCUAAUCAAAGUAAUUACGACUGCAAACUUUACAUAAAAACUUUAUUUUCGAUCGUGUGAUGUUACAGGUUCCUCAUAAAAUCGUAAAAUGAACUACGAAUUUGUACCGAUUAGCGAACAAUUGGAUUGCGGUACCAGAAUCCAUUGGGAUGAGGCCACACAGAAACUCUAUUUCGUAGAUCUACCCAAUUCCACUGUCUACAGAUAUACACCGGCAGAUAAGAAAUUAACUAAAGCCAAAGUAGGGAGAUACAACGAGCCUUUGACGUUCAUGUUUCCAGUGGGAGGAUCGGAAACAAAAUUUAUAGCGGGAAUUGGCAGGAAAUUCGCGUUUGUAGAAUGGGACGGGGAAAGUCCCGAAGUGCCUAAUUACGCGGUGAUUGCCGAAGUAGAAAACGAGCCGGAAUUAUUGAAGAAUAGAUUAAACGGGGGUAAAGUGGACCCCUGGGGCAGACUAUGGGCUGGAACGAUGGGUCCGGAGGACGGGCAGGGCAACGUAGUUCCUGGUAAAGGGUCCCUUUACAGCGUUGAAAAAGGUAGGGUGACCAGGCAAAGAAGCAAUGUAGGGAUCUCAAACGGCUUGGCAUGGGAUACGAAAAAGAUGAAAAUGUACUAUUGCGACACGUUGGAACCCAAAAUUUUUCAGUACGACAUCAAUAACGAUGGCCAAAUAAGCAAUGAAAAAGUCAUAUUCGAAUUUGCGAAGAACAAUUUAGAGGGUAAACCGGACGGUUUGACCAUUGAUAAAAACGGCGAUCUUUGGUUGACCUCCAUAUUCGGAUCAACACUAUCUAAAAUCGAUGUCGCCACGGGUACCAUCAAGGAAAAAAUCACUUUUCCUACUCCACAAAUAACAUCAGUAACUUUCGGUGGACCAAAACUCGACGAUUUAUUCGUAGCAACAGCUCGACUACGCGUUGAUGGACAAAUUCCAAAAGCACCUGCAGGUACCACUUAUCUAAUUAAAAGCGUUGGAGUGGCGGGAUUUGGUGGAGAUAAAUACAAACCUUAGUUAUAACUGAAAAAACUUAAAACAAAAAUUAACUGUACAAUACAAAAUAUUCCCCUAUUUAUAUCCUUUCACUACCUCUUAAUUCAUUUCAUUUAGGAGAAGAACAGGAGAUCUUGUUGAAGAAUGUCGUAAAUUUGGGAUUAAACAUCUAGAGCAGAAGGAUUAAUUUUCUUUGCACAAGAAUCUUCAAUUCUAUCUAGACAAUGAGACUAGAAACCCAGUGAAUAGUAGCAAAAAAGUAAAUGGUCAAAAAUUGGUCAAAAAAAUUGAAAUAUGUUUCAUUUUUCGAUAGCAGCGCCUCCCGGAGGACAAAAGAAAACUAUCGCGUGUAGUGCCAUAUUUGCCAAAUUUUAAAAAAUCUCCCCUUAUUUUUUAUUUUAACACCUUGUAACUUUUGUAAGUUUUACAAUCUUGGGUAUAGGUAAAAAUCAGUUCUGUGUCGUGUGUAUUUAGAUAGUAAUUUAUUUUUAACGCGUUAUUCAUUUGAAAACGGAUAUUAGCAAAAAUAUAAAUGAAAAACAAAGCGGUAAUUCGUAUGAAUGUUUGGGAGCCAAAGAUGUCCCAGUUGUGGUUGAAGAAUGUAUUGUAGUUGGGGUACUAUAAGUCGAAGUAGAUGUACUACUCGUUAAAGGAAGAGGUGGAAUCCUUCGAGUUUCAAUUAUGAACUUGUAAAAAGAGGCGCAGGAUUUCGCUGUCCUCUCUCUGUUAACAUCGGUGAAAUUGACCGAAUAUAAACCAUAAUGCAAUCUGAAAUAAUUUGAAAAUUGAAAAUUAAACUAAUUAAUAUAUCAUGUGAAAAUAUAG